UACUAAAUUUUUUAUUAAGAAAAAUUAAUAAAUUUAUUAAUUAUUAUUAUUAUUAUUGAACUAUGCUUGAACAAACAGUAUUGUGGAAUAGUAAAAACAAACAAUAUGCACUGGUAUUAUGGUCAAGUGCCUGGAUAAUAAUGUUGGGCAGUUUAUUGGCUAUUAUGCUAACAAUAAUUGAGGGAUGUCCGUUAUUCAUAAGUAUUAUGAUUCCCGUACUCUUACUGACUGAGCUGAUGGGUUUGGUUGGCGGUUGGAAACAACACUAUCAACUGGCACUGACCUACGCAGGCAUCAAAUUUGCACUGACAGUGCUGACCCUGAUUGCUGCCGUUCCUAUCAGUUUGUUUUUUCCCGGUCUGGCAGCCGCUAUAUUACACCAAUGUUUUAUGAGUUCAAUUAUUGGCUUUAUUUACAGCUGUGACCUGGCACCAUUAUCUAAAAUCUAACCAACUAAUAUAAUAUAUGUUU